AUGCCGGCUUCAUCCCAGCAUGCGCAUGCUGAGCACGCGCCGUCCGCUCUCAACUCCAGCAACUCCAGGCGCAGCUUCACGCUCCCCGCGCGCGCGGCACGAAGGACUGAAUCGGUGCCCGCGUCCAGGAACAGCGCAGACGGCAUAGAGACGCUGUUUGUGUGUUCCAACUCUAAGAUCUUCUCCUUUACCACAGCCGGACCCGCUCGGCGGCUUUCACCUUCCCGUUCAGGUGACACGUCGCACACGAUACCAUGGAAGACGCCUACAGAGCGUACGCUUGCAGUUGGGGCUCUUCGAAUCUAUCGCGUGACAGCCUCCAACGUCUCCUUCCUAAACAGCGGCAACCUUCUACAUACAAUCUUCCCCAGGUCCCAGAUAUGGCUCGUCGACAACCAGUCAGUCUUCGUGCUACGCGUACGCCAGGACUCGUACUAUCGCAUCGAGCUCCCCUAUGAAAGCGAUGCCGACAAGGAGAACAUCGCCCAGUUCAAGUCGGUGUUGGCGCAGGUCAUGCAGUACGAGAGAACACAAUGCCCGUUCGCGCGGGGAUUUGAAAUCGUCGCAGAGCUCGAGCGUCCAAAGAGCCCACCACGCAAGACCAUUAGGAGGAAGCCCUCGGGACAGGCGAAGAAGUGGGUCAUGGAUAAGACCUGGGUACCACAGCAACACGGCUUAAGGCCCUCUACUUCUGGUACUGAUCGCUCAGAGACUGGUACCACUUCCUCAUACGACGAGGACGACCGGUCGAGCAUCUGUGCUGACAGUAGCGAAAUAGUGUCUGCGACACCCGGGACCCCUUUGGCAGGAACCACUCCAAAACCCCUCCCAUCGAAACCGCUCCCGCGUCGCCUCUCAGUGGGGGAACGGGUCAGCAUGUUCCAGGGCCUGCGCUCAGCCACGGCGCCAAUCAAAAUGCCCAGAAGAGAAUCUGUGUCUGCUAUGGAGCGCAUAGUCGAGUCUCCACUCUCUCCACCUGCAAACAGGCCCAACGAAGCCGAUAAACCCAUCCUUGAGCGACAAAUCUCCAAUGCACUUAGUUUGGCCUCAAGCGCCGACUCGUUCUAUUCCCUGGAAACUGCCACUCCUUCUCCAAGGUUUCUCGAUGCGGAGGCUGAUUCCAUAAACCCGUGGGCCAACGCCUUUUCUACGCAGCAAGACGAAUCCAGGGGACGUUCAAUACAUCGACGCCAGAUAUCUGAGGUCACCGUUCGCGGUCCGUCCACCGAACGUACCGAUCCAUCUGCACCUGUGACACCUACAGUCCCAUACUAUUCAUCCACAACUCCCUCAAUCGAUGUACGCCCAUCGUCCGCACCAUCUACACCACCGCUUGUGAGCGAUUCCGACGACGAUAGUCUUGGGCGUGCAAGCAUAGAUAUCCCUACACCACCGGAUGCGAUCCGCAUGAGGAAGCUCACAGGGGCUUCACAGAGACGCGCCUUUUCUCCUAUGCCUCCAGCACAGAACCUGUUCUGUCCACCAAAGCACAACCCUGGGAGAGACUUUACAAAUGCUCUGGUGCGCAAGACCUGUGAGCUUGUCCUAGGGCCACCUGCACACUUGGUCUCGAUCAUGCUUCGCAUCGCAACGACCGUUUCUAAUGGCUUUGGGUUCAGCACUUACCGUAUGCGCCGCGCAGAGAAGAUCCCAUGCGCGUGGGAGUCAGAUGACGAGGCUGACUGGUCAGAAGAUGACUUCGGAAUCCCGCUCAACAACAUGGGAAAUCCGGCGCUACGUCGACAGACCUUUUCUGGCGAAGUCGAUUGA